GCUAAGGUAGCCAGCGUCUAUGAAUCGCCUGGCUUCUUUCUAGGGUUGGAUCCAAUUCCAGGAGCUCUUGAAGCCAUGCAGGAGAUGAUCCACAUGCAGGACACCGAAGUUUUUAUUUGCACAAGUCCUCUCCGGAAAUACGAGCACUGCAUCGUGGAAAAGUAUAAAUGGGUAGAAAAACAUCUGGGACCCGAGUUUGUGGAGCGGAUUAUUCUAACCCGAGAUAAAACCGUCGUAUCUGCUGACUUGCUGUUCGAUGACAAGGAUACCAUCAGAGGCGCGGAGCUGAACCCGAGCUGGGAGCACGUCCUGUUCACCUGCUGCCACAACAGGCACGUCCAGCUGCAGGCACCGCGCCGGCGGCUGCUGUCCUGGGCGGAUGAUUGGAAAGCCAUCUUGGAGAGCAAGCGUGGGCAGUGA